AUGUCAGAUGGAGUGGGAUUGAUGGUCGUUGAUCGAGUUAGUCUUGGGUUGCGCGGCGUGUCCAGGCAGAAAACUAGAGCUGAGCAGUGGAGUCGAAGUGUCGCUGAUCGCCCGGACCCCCCGAAACGCGACCGCCUUGAGCUUCCAAAUAAUCCGGGAUCUGCUGUGUGGACGGCGGAUAUCCAGGGUACAGAGCAGGAUACCGAGUACAAGGCACGGUAG